AUGGCCAUUAGCAACUGGAACGACCCGACACUGCUCGUGGAGCAAUACUUUGACUUCGUUAAGCUUCAGCAUGCUCUGACAGGUCUCUACAUCUGGGAGCUGCUCGGCGGCGUGUGGUUCGACCUUGACUUGCUUCAGCGGAGACAUCAGCAGGGAUCGUCGCUCAUAGCCAAGUGGGUGUACCUGUCUUGCCGCUACAUCCCACUACCGGCCUUCAUCAUCUUUAUCAUCGGCUUCGAUGCUACAUCCAAGAUUGAUUGCAAGGUCUGGCUGAUCUUCACAUAUAUCUCAGCAUCUUCAACCAUCAUUUUGGCAUCGACGCUGAUAGCUAUUCGGUCGAUCGCCAUCUGGAACCAGUCCCGGUAUCUCAUGUAUUCAAGUGCUGUUUUAAUCGCAGCCGAGACGGCCUUCUUCAUUCACGAGAUAGUCGUGGCUGAUGCCAUCUGGGUACCCGAGGAAGCCACUUGCAUCGCGGUGCAGACCCAGCGGAACAAGCUCUUGACAGCGAUAUCGGUCACCGAUAUCUUCCUCUUCCUUUCGAUGCUCACUGGUCUUUUGCGUUUGCGGCACGAUUUAUCCCACUCCAGCCUAUGGCAGCUUCUAUGGAAUCAAGGUAUCGUCUGGCUCUUAUUGGCAACUAUCGCCGAGGUUCCUACGGUGAUCUUCCUGUGGCUGAACUUGAAUCAAGUCAUGAAUCUGAUGUUCUUCGCUCCGGAGUUGAUCAUUCUUGUGAUCGGUGCCACACGCAUGUAUCGUGCGCUUUCCACGCAUUAUACGGAGACCGUGAAUCCAACUGUCUCAUACAAAUGGAAUGCGCGAAGAACUGAAGUGGAGCUGAGCGACUUCAGCGCGGAGUCACGCACGAACCUUUCUGACUAG